AUGGAGGAGGACUCGCUGUCGACGGGCGCCGUGGUCUCGAUCUCCCUCACCUCGAUCAUCAUCGCAAUCCUCCUCCUCGUCGCCCUCACCUGCUUCUGCCGCUUCUCUCCGCUGGCCGCUUCCUCUGCCGCCGGCGCGACUCCGAGCAAGAGCAGCAAGGGCGGCAGCAAGGGCGGCAGCAAGGGCGGCAGCGAGGCCGACGCCGACCUGACGGCGCAGCAGCCCGUCGAGUACGGGCGCAACUACCCGUACGCGGGGCCCUCCAAGGGUGGCGACAUGACGAGCGACCCGCCGAGCCGCGCCUGCGACGACGUGCCGCCGCCCGAGGCCGAGGACCUCAACCAAGGCUUUGGAGGGUUGAUGCGCACGCCCGCAGCGAAAGCGGACACGCCUCUCGCAGAAGGCGGUUUCGCGCCCUGCGAGAUCGAGCGCAUCUGA